GGCUUCCCGGCGUCCCCCGGUUCCUGGGGCGGGGUUCCUUCCCGGGCCUCCUGGAAGACAAGGUUCUGAAAUGGGGAAAGUUGCUAACCGUUGCUGAGGUCCACCAGGCUCUUUCACCUCCCGGGAUCGCUUAAUCCGCACUUCCACCGUGAGAGAGAAACAGUUACCAUUGUGUGGUUUGAAUCAGGAAUGAAAUCUUCUGAAAGCUAAGAGCAGAAGCCUUUAUGGCCAACAUGGAGGACAAAAGACAGCGAGCCCGAGUGCAGGGAGCCUGGGCUGGCCCUGCUAAGAGCCAGGCUGUUGCUCAGCCAGCUACCACUGCUAAGAACCUUCUCCAUCAAAGGCCUGGUCAGACCUGGAUGAACAAGGAGCAUCUGUCGGACAGACAGUUUGUGUUCAACGAACCCCAGCAGGGAAAAAAAAUGACAGCCCUUAUACUGAGUGGAGUGUGUUGUUUUGCCACAUACCAACAAAUCUGUUUUCUUUGCUUCUUUAGCAAAGAGGGUGUGUAUGAAAUCAGCCUGUCACCCACAGGUGUAUCUAGGGUGAGUUUGUAUCCUGGCUUCAUUGACAUAAAAGAAGCCGACUGGGUAUUGGAAGAGCUCUGUCAAGAUAUUCCCUGGAAACAGAGGACUGGCAUCAGAGAGAAUGUAACUUACCAGCAACCAAGACUUACAGCAUGGUAUGGAGAACUUCCUUACACUUACUCAGGAGUCACUGUGGAAGCCAAUCCUCACUGGCUUCCUGUGCUGCACACACUAAAGAACCAAAUUGAAGAGAACACUGGCCAUACCUUCAACUCCUUGCUCUGCAAUCUUUACCGAAAUGAGAAGGACAGUGUGGACUGGCACAGUGAUGAUGAACCCUCCCUAGGAAGGUGCCCUGUCAUUGCUUCACUCAGUUUUGGUGCCACACGCACUUUUGAAAUGAGGAAGAGGCCCCCACCUGAAGAGAAUGGAGACUACACAUAUGUGGACAGAGUGAAGAUACCUUUGGAUCAUGGGACCUUGUUGAUCAUGGAAGGAGCUACACAAGAUGACUGGCAGCAUCGAGUGCCCAAAGAGUACCACUCUAGAAAACCAAGAAUAAACCUGACCUUCCGGACAGUUUAUCCAGACCCCAGAGGGGCACGCUGGUGAUCUGAGUUCUUUGAGACAGAAGCUGUGCUGGGACUGGGCGAACCUGCCACCGGGAGGAAACUUGGAGUGGCUGGUCCAACUGAGCUCACUGUGUGGCUUUUUGGAAGAUGAGGGUAGAAUUUGCUUCCCAGUUCAGCAUCCUAUUAAAUGACAGCCAGCAGUUUGUGUUCAUAAUGUGUUUACUGUAGAAACAGUGAUCCCUUAUUGUAUCUUGAAACCACAUAUUUUCUUUAGGCAAAUUAAAAACUGCUGUGUUUGUGCUCAGAAUGA